AGAUUUGCAAAGGAUGUCUACUGCGCACUGCUCAUGCGCAAUAUUUGUCCGUUUGACAUAAAAAGAAUCUGGAAUUCGACAAAUAUAAGCUGAUUUUGCCGUUAUAUUGAACUGAAUCUUUUGAACUGAAGAUGCCAAAAUCAAAGGAAUAUGUUUCCGAUAGCGAUGACAGUAGCGAGGAGGAAGUAAAGUCAAGUAAAAAGAAACGAGAGGAUAAACAAGAAGACAAACCAGCAAAAAAGGCAAAAAAGGAGAAUGAGGAAACUAUUUGGGAUUUGGGAAGCAAUCGCCAAGUGAAUGUGAGAGAUUUCAAGGGCAAAUAUUAUGUAGAUAUCCGAGAAAUGUAUUAUGACAAAGAAGGUGAUUUAAAACCUACCAAAAAAGGAAUAUGCUUAUCUAUGCAACAAUGGCGAAAAUUUAUGGAUAUUGUGGAAGAGGUAGAUAAAGUUGCGAAAAAUAAGUGUUAGAAUUGUUUUUUUGCUUAUUUCGAAAAUGUUUCUUUUGUAUUAAUUUUUCAAAAAAUAAAUAAUUGUACAUUUUUUAAAGUAUCACACAUAGAUAAUGGAGUAAAACUACAUAAAAUGUAAUACUAUUUAAAAAGUGUACCUGUGUUUAAGAAAAAGUAACAUUUAUUAUUGGUUUAUAAGAGAUAAAUAUUUUUUUUUAUAUUCAGAUCUGAUGAUGAAUAGCUGGUAAGAUUUUCAACAUUGUAAAUCAAAAGUUUAAAACAUUUCAUAAAUUCUCUAAAAUUAUA